UUCGCCGAUAUUACGAAAAGCAAUAACAUGCAGUCUCUUACAAUUCUAACCCUUUUUGCCAUCGUCCUGGGCGCCCAAAACGCUAGAGCUGGAACCCUCAGCUUUGGAUCCCUGAUGGGGGAUGUGUCCCAAGUGGCCGUUGCUGGGGAGAAGGUCAUCCAUCAACUGGAGAACGCUGUGGCCAGCUCCCAAUCGGAUUUUGUGCAGCCCACCACCUUGAAUGUUCUAAGUGACAUGGGUAACGCCCUGGGAGAUCUGGCUAACGCCAUUACCAGUUUAAGAGUGGAGAACGAUUAUAUGCAACCCGAGGCCACCAAUCUUUUGGGCGAUGUUCUGGGUGGCGUGGGCACUGGUCUUGGAGAUCUGGCUAAUGCGAUUACCAGUCUUAGUGUUCAGAUGCAGAACGAACCGCAGGCUCGCAGUCUCUCGUCCAAUGGUGCUUCUAUUAUAGCUGAAGGCGGCGCCGUGAGUGCCAAGACUAUAGCCGCUGCUGCCGAUGCUGCUGCCCCCUAUAUAAAGCAGCUAAAUGCUGGCCUAGGCGAUCUGGCUAAUGCCCUCACCAGCCUGUGAAGAACAAGAGGAACUCGGGAGCAGUUCAAUUAACAAAUAAAUAUUCAAUCGCGCCAAGA